AUGGAUGCUAUGGAUACUCUAAAAUCAGUUAUUUAUGAUAAGAACACAAUUAGUGAAAUGUUGGAUCUUUACGGCACGCAAGCAAUUAAUCACCAAAAGCAAGUUAGUCAAACCACCGAAAAUGAAAACUUGAAAACUAACUCUUUAAAAAUAACAGAGUUUAAAGAUAGACCAAAUAAAGGAAAAACUUUAGAGAUAUUAAAUGCUCAUCUAGAUAAUGUAGAUAAUCUAUAUAAUACUGAUAAUUUUGAAACUAUGAAAAAUCGAUGUGAUAUUACAGUUUUGUCAAAACAUCAAAUGGAUAAUUAUAAAUAUAUGUAUCAAACACCUAAUGAAAAAUUUGAAGUUUUGGUCGAUCGAAUGAAUAUUUUUGCUGAAGUUAUAUGUAAACAUUACGCGUUUGAACUUGAUGCAAUAGCAGAUCCAGCAAUGUCGAGCCAAAGUGAAAUAUUUACAUUGGGCAGAAUAUGUUGUGAUUCAGAAGGAAAGAUGAAUUCUAAUUCAAUAAUUUUAGAACCAUUACCAACUCUUGGAGGGAAAGGAGUGAAAUUGGUUUUGAACAAUCUUUCAUCUUAUGCAUUAUUUCCGGGACAAAUACCUUUAUUACCAAUGUGUCGUACUCGAUCUGGAACAGUUAUCGAUUAUAAUUAUGGACCUACAAAAUUGAAUGGAAAUCCAUUGAAAGUGAUUAUUGCAGCAGGUCCAUACACUUUAGAUAAUGGAUUAGAAUUUGAACCAUUACUUGAAUUACUUAAUAAAAUGAAAAUAGAAAAACCAAAUGUCUUAAUUUUGAUGGGACCAUUUAUUCACGAAGACCAUCCUUUGAUACAAGAGGGUGAAAUGAAAAAAACUCCUGGUGAAACUUUUAGAAAUCGGAUCUCUCAACCUUUGAAAAAGUUCAUGGAUAAUUUACCAGAAAUAAAAGUAAUUGUGAUUCCUAACAUAAAAGAUAUAUGUCAUCAUCAUCUUGCAUUUCCACAACCUCCCUUUGACAAGUCUGGAUUACCACCAGAAACUAUAUGUUUUCCGAAUCCCGUUCAGUUCCAAAUAAAUGAGAUCAUUUUUUCCAUAUGCAACGUUGAUGUUUUAUGUAAUAUUUAUCGAGAAGAAGUUUCAACGACUGAUAAGGCCGAACGUAUUUUCAGAACAUCACAUCAUUUAUUAACUCAAAGACAUCUAUAUCCAUUAUUUCCACCAUCACCGGGUGAAGUGAAUUUGGAUUUAAAACAUUCAUCCAGUCUUGAUUUAUUAUAUACACCCGAUGUUCUUAUUUUACCUUCAAAACUAAAACAUUUUGCAAAGAUCAUAGAUAAUGUAAUCUGUAUUAACCCUGGAUAUCUAGCAAAAGGUUUAAAUACAUACGCUAAAAUGGUUAUACAUCCAUUUCCUCAGGAACUCGCAAAUGAAGCCGAUGUAGAACAUUUUGUUCAUAAAAGAGCACGUGUAGAAAUUGUCAGAAUAUAG